AUAUCGCCUGCCGGUGCGAUGACUGACACUUCCGCCCCUACCACUGCCCCUGCCGCCAACGUCAAGAAGGAUGUUGCGGCGCAAGUGCCUGCGAUUGUCGUUGAAAAGGACUCCACAACGCCGUCGGAAUACCGCAUCUCGGAGAAAUGGGACAAGUGUGUCGAAAGCUUCGUGGUGAACUUCUCGGCAGGCCUCGUGGCCGGUGGCGUGACCUCCCUCGUUCUGGCCCGCACCAGUGCUGGCCGCGCUGCCCUCACAGGAUUUGGCGCAGGCGCCGGUGUUGGGGCCACGUGGACAACAUGCAGUCUCGCGUUUGAGGAAGAACUCCCCAAGAAGUAGAGCCAUCGAUUCGCUGUCCUUGUUGCAUGAUAAUACACAAUUCUACUCAAACCUUGCAGCAUGUCAGACA